AUGGAGACAUCGAGGCCUAAAAGGGUCAGGCAGAGGAAGGCCUGUGAUCUAUGCUACAACAAAAAGAUCAAAUGCGAUGCAACGCAGCCCCGCUGUUCGGGCUGCAAGCUGUACAACUCGGAAUGCACUUACACCGGCCCGAGCAGGGCGACUGCCAGCAACGCGAACCAUCUCAAGAAGAUCGAGAUGCUGGAGGCCCGGCUGGCGCAGCUAGAAGGCCAGAACCAGCAGACGCAGACCCUGGCACAGGUUGCUCAAAACCUGGCCGUGAAGCCUGUUGAUCUUAGUCUGCAGUCUCAGAUCUACGAAGUUGAUCAACCAUGGGCUCACCAUGCCGGACCGUCUUCCAGUAACUCCCCCGCGUCCUCAUCAGCAGGCCAAGAUUCAAAUAUCUGCACACAAGAGGUCAACUCAAGAACUCUGCCGCCGCUCCGCCAUGUUCUCCCAACAAUAGAGGACUAUUUCCAGAAUUCGAACCAGCUCUUGCCGUUGUUCGAGAAGAAAGCCUUCAUGAAUAUGCUCCGCGGAUGGUACGCGUAUCCUGCACACCGCAAACCGGACGCGUGGGCAGCCGUCAAUAUCGUUCUCGCGCUCGCGCGCCGGCAUUCGUACGCCUCCAGCUUCGAGGAGACGCAGAACAUGCAGCGGUAUAUCAACAACGUUCAAUCGGUCUUAAACAGGUUAGUCAUCAACGAGCCAAGUCUGUUGGUCUUGCAGAUUAUCUUAGGGUUGGUCUUGGUGUUCCACGGCUCUGCCGACCAGGGCCCGGCUUCGAUCAUGAUCGCGACAGCCUUGCGACUGGCCCAGACGCUCAAGCUGCACACCAACGCCCAUGAUGGGAGCUUUGAACCGGACGAGGUCCUCCAGAGAACCCGGGUGUUUUGGGUCGCCUAUAUCCUCGACCGCGACCUGGCAAUGAGAACGUCGCAGCCGCCGAUCCAUCAAGACUGCGACAUCGACGUGGACCUCCCGAGCGUCAACCCUCCAGACGGAUCCGGUCUGAUUUUUGGCUUCUCGGGCCAGGUCUUCAACUACUUCCGCAGCCGCAUCCAACUGGCCCACAUCGAAGGCAAGCUCUACUACAUGCUCAGGUCCGUACGCGCGCUCAAGCUGCCGGAGCACGAGCGCCGGCAAAACACGCUCCGGAUCCGGGCGAUGCUGGACAGCUGGCUGAGCGCCAUACCCGCCGACUUCCAGCCGCACCUCGUGGCCGGGACGGUGUCGACCGAGUACCUCCGGUACCUCUCGCUGAUGCACUACACCCACCUUCAGCUCGUCGCGACGACGCACCACACGGACUCGCACCACAUGGAGUGGAUGCAGGAGGUCCUCAACUGUAGCAAGGGGCAGACGCUCGCCGUGCGGUCCGACUUGGCUGCUCGGCUUCCGAGCUGCUGGGACAAACUGGUCGCGCAGGCGCGGACGUGUAUGGAGCUCUACGCGGCGACGCCAGAGAACGACUCUGCCCUUACGUGGCUAGUGUCGUGUGGGUAUCUUACGAGCGUCAUGUUCAUCACCGUCAACAACCUCGCACGCCCGGACAACCCGUGUCGGCUGACGGACCAGAGCAACGUCGACUCGGCGCUUCUCCUCCUUGAGCGCCUUAUCAAGGCCACGGACGAUGACAGGUUGAAGCGGAUCCAUGGCGCCUGUAAGGAGCUGAGCGAGAAGACACGCCUUGCAGUCACUUUGCAAUCUACAAACGACUUCUUCAAUCCACCGGGGCUGGAGUUCGGUGACGAGGAUCCUCUCGAUGCCGGCCGUUGGGACCUGAUGGACAGCACGUUCUGGGCAUCACAAAAUUAUGGCACAGCAACAUGA